CGGCUGCGGUGGGGCCGCGCCUCAACCGAGCUUGGGCCUCUCCUUUGGUCCCGCCCCGCUGCUCAGCGCGGAUUGGUAGCAGGGAGCAACUCUGGUGCUGAUUGGGCAGCGGCGGAGUCGCUCGUGCAGACUGUAGGGUUCGGGUGUUCCAGAGUGCUAAGUUUAUCCGCAGACCCGCGACCGCGCCAGCAGCGAAUCGGAUCUCUGUGGAGGUGGCUUAGACGAUAUCCCUGAGCUGAGAGCAUCACCCUGUCCCCGAAUCCUUCUUUCCUCUGUUUUGUUUUUCAUUCCCUUCCCUUCCCCCCCACCUCCAGUCUGCGACGACUGGCUCUUGACCCUGUUCAGGCCUCGGUGAAGGCUUUUGGUUACUCCCUUUGCUACCCCAUCCCUUAAUUUUAUUCUUUUGAAGAGUCUGCCUUUCAAGCUGCCAAGGUGAAAAGAGUGACUACAGAAGGGAAUACUCCUCAUUUCAGAAAAGGUGUGCCAUACCAGAGAGCACCAGGAAGUCGCUUGAGAGAUCACCUGAUACACGAACGUAUGAUGUUCCAUCUGCGCAUUGAUGCAUAGGCAGCAUUUACAAAUUAACUGAUGUAUUACUAUAUAUCAUCUCUUUGAUGAUUGCUCAUCUUCUUUGUAUCCUGUCUUAUAAUUUCAACACAUUUGUGAUACUCAAUGUUUAUUCUAAAUUAACCAUGUUUUGUACCACAAACUCAUUGCCCAUGGAUCUAUUGCUGAAACAAGGAAAUCUUAAACAAGAAGUAGAAUCUUUUUGUUAUCAAAUUGUGUCUGAAUCAAAUGAUCAAAAGGUUGGAGUAUUACAAAGUGAAGAUGAACAGUUGCAGCCUUCAGUUUCUAAAAAAUCAGAAAGUGAGCUUUCCAGGGUCAAAUUUAUAUCCAAUUCCAACAAAAUAGCAUUUAAUAAGAAACCAAAAAGAAGAAAAUAUGAUGAAAGUUAUUUGUCUUUUGGAUUUACUUACUUUGGAAAUAGAGAUGCACCUCAUGCCCAGUGUGUGCUAUGUAAGAAGAUUUUAUCAAAUAGCUCCUUGGCCCCUAGUAAGCUUCGAAGACAUUUGGAGACUAAACAUGCUGCGUAUAAAGACAAAGACAUAAGCUUUUUCAAGCAACAUCUUGAUUCACCUGAAAAUAAUAAACCCCCAGCGCCUAAAAUUGUCAAUACAGAUAAUGAAAGUGCUACUGAGGCAUCAUACAAUGUAAGUUACCAUAUAGCCCUGAGUGGAGAGGCUCAUACAAUUGGAGAAUUGCUUAUCAAACCUUGUGCGAAAGAUGUAGUGAUGCGGAUGUUUGAUGAACAAUAUAGUAAAAAAAUAGAUGCAGUACAACUAUCAAACAGUACCGUUGCACGUCGAAUUAAGGAUCUAGCUGCUGACAUUGAAGAAGAACUUGUUUGUAGACUGAAAAUUUGUGAUGGGUUUUCACUGCAGCUAGAUGAAUCAGCUGAUGUUUCAGGACUUGCUGUGCUGCUUGUGUUUGUUCGUUAUAGGUUUAAUAAGUCCAUUGAGGAAGACCUACUAUUGUGUGAAUCUUUGCAAAGUAAUGCUACUGGUGAAGAAAUAUUCAACUGCAUCAACAGUUUUAUGCAGAAACAUGAAAUUGAAUGGGAAAAAUGUGUUGAUGUUUGUAGUGAUGCUUCUAGGGCAAUGGAUGGGAAAAUUGCCGAGGCUGUCACCUUGAUAAAAUAUGUGGCUCCUGAAAGCACCAGUAGUCACUGCCUAUUAUAUAGACAUGCACUGGCAGUUAAAAUAAUGCCUACAUCUCUAAAAAAUGUGUUAGAUCAGGCAGUACAAAUCAUCAACUAUAUUAAAGCUCGACCACAUCAAUCCAGACUACUAAAAAUUUUGUGUGAAGAAAUGGGUGCCCAACACACAGCGCUUCUCCUAAACACAGAGGUGAGGUGGCUUUCUCGAGGUAAAGUUCUUGUAAGACUUUUUGAACUUCGACGUGAACUGUUGGUUUUCAUGGAUUCUGCUUUUCGACUAUCUGAUUGUUUAACAAAUUCAUCUUGGCUGCUAAGACUUGCAUAUCUCGCAGAUAUUUUUACAAAAUUAAAUGAGGUUAAUUUGUCAAUGCAAGGGAAAAAUGUGACAAUUUUUACAGUGUUUGAUAAAUUAUCAUCAUUGUUAAGAAAAUUGGAAUUUUGGGCCUCAUCUGUAGAAGAAGAAAACUUUGAUUGUUUUCCCACACUCAGUGACUUUUUGACUGAAAUUAAUUCUACAGUUGAUAAAGAUAUUUGUAGUGCUAUUGUACAGCACCUAAGGGGUUUGCGCUCUACUCUGUUAAAAUAUUUUCCUGUAACAAAUGACAAUAAUGCUUGGGUUAGAAAUCCUUUUACAGUAACUGUUAAACCAGCCUCAUUAAUAGCACGGGACUAUGAGAGCUUGAUUGAUUUAACAUCUGAUUCUCAAGUAAAACAAAAUUUCAGUGAACUUUCACUAAAUGAUUUUUGGAGUAGCCUAAUUCAAGAGUACCCAAGCAUUGCAAGGCGUGCCGUUCGUGUACUUCUUCCUUUUGCUACAAUGCACCUGUGUGAAACAGGGUUUUCAUAUUAUGCUGCAACAAAAACAAAAUAUAGGAAAAGACUUGAUGCUGCACCUCAUAUGCGGAUACGACUUAGCAACAUUACACCUAAUAUUAAACGGAUAUGUGAUAAAAAGACACAAAAACACUGUUCUCAUUAAAAUUGGAGGGUUUUGCAUGUCUCUUGAUAAUCAAAUGUAAGAUGAAAAUAAAAGAUGAUUUACAUCAUCUCUGGUAUUUGGGAGUUUAAAAUGAUUCAAAUUUUUUUAUACUUAGAUUUUAAGAAAGUUAAAGAAUCAGAAAAUUCAACAUAUUGUGUUGUUAUUGAUAUUUCUUAUUUACACUGUAAUUUCAAAGUGCUCCAUGGUCAUAACUGGGAAAUGAUGAUCCAUAAGAUACAGUCCCAAUUCCUUAGCAUGACAUAUCUCUUCAUGAUCUAAUCCUUAUCAGUCUUUCUAACCAUACCUACCUUGUAUCCUUCCAGUCCCGUGGAACUUCUUGCCAUUCCCUAAACUUAUUAAACUGUUCAUGGUUUUAAGUCUCAAAAAACAGUUGUCCCCAUCUUGUUUCCUGACAGACUCCUAUUUGCUUUCAAGACUUUGGCUUAAUUUAUCUCAGGUACUUUGAUCCUCUGUAUCUAUUAUGACCCUAUUUCCCACUGUUGUGUUUAAUUUUUGUGUCUUUCUGAACUGUGAACUCCUUGGUGGUGUCAUGAUUCCCAUUGUUUUUGAACUGAGCUCUUAGAGGUUCUUAUCCAGCUCUGUGUCUCCAUUAUCUGGCAAAAGGCUUUACUAAACUAAAUGCUCAAUAAAGAGAAAACAAUGUCUAUGAAAGUGAACCAAUAAAAAAUGGAAUAGGGGUUUCCUGCCAUUCAUUCACUGGCAUGGUGGCAUGUGUACACAAUGAUACCCUUUGUAUUUUGGGCUCAGUUAUUAGCUAGAAUUCAGUGUGGCCAUUAUGCAGAAGUCACUGAGGGAAUGUCGUAGUUUUGUGAUCAAGCUUUAACCAUUGAGGGAGAGGGGAGCCAAGUAUGUAGAACAUUUUCAGGUUCUAUGUUUCUUUCUCAGUUUCUAUAAAGAUUGUUGCAAAUUCCAUAUACUGUAGUCUAAAUUAAUGAAACUUUACUCAUUACUGUACUUGAAGAUGCUUAGACUGGAAAUCUUUUUUUUUUAUUAUUAUUAUAAAAGAUUCCUGACUGAC